ACGGCGAGCCAACAGACGGAAAGUCGCGGCCAGUACAGACUUCCUUUCUCCAAGGUGUCAGACAUCCAGGGCAAAAGAAAGAAAGAAAGAAAGAACUAAAGAAAGAAAAGAGGUUGCUGUAGAGACGGGUUUUGAAUGCUCCGUUUUAUUGGAAAAAGCUCAAGCAGGCCUCUUAAAAAAAAAACAAACACCCAAUGAUCUGCGUUCCAAGAGAAAAGUGGGCUCUGGUGUUAUUUUCAUGAUUUGUUAAGGAUCUCAUCUCCAGGAAUAUGGUGGAUACAAUGGCUGAACAAGAAAUAGAAAUAGCGAUGGAUGACAAUAUAACAGAUGCAAUGGCUGCCCCGUCGCCAGCAAAGAGUAUUGGCGACCCAGGCAUCACGCCUCUCUCCCCUACACACACAAUGAAGGAUUCAGAACAGAAUGAACCGGCGAGUCACUCGUUUGUAGUGGUUGUGGCCAUCGACUUCGGAACCACGUCCAGUGGUUAUGCCUACGCUUUCACUAAAGAGCCUGAGUGCAUCCACACCAUGAGGCGCUGGGAGGGCGGUGACCCAGGCGUGUCCAAUCAGAAGACCCCAACCACCAUUCUGCUGACUCCAGACAGGAAGUUCCACAGUUUUGGUUAUGCAGCGAGAGACUUUUACCACGACCUGGACCCCACUGAGUCAAAGCAGUGGCUCUACCUGGAGAAAUUUAAAAUGAAACUACACACGACUGCGAAUCUGUCCAUCGACACGGACCUGCAUGCGGCCAAUGGGAAGAAAGUGAAGGCUUUGGAUAUAUUUGCCUAUGCACUGGCCUUCUUCAAGGAGCAGGCUCUGAAAGAGCUGAGCGACCAGGCGGGGGUGGAGUUCGAUAACGCCGACGUCAGAUGGGUCAUCACUGUUCCGGCCAUCUGGAAAAUGCCGGCAAAGCAGUUUAUGAGAGAGGCUGCGUAUAAGGCCGGCCUGGCUUCACGAGAAAACCCCGAACAGCUCAUCAUCUCACUGGAACCCGAGGCCGCUUCCAUCUACUGCCGUAAGCUCCGCCUACAUCAGAUGGUCGACCUCGGCGAUAAGACGUCCAUCAAUGGCUAUAACUCUACUGAGAAUGUGGGGGCGGGGAUGGCGCAUGCCAAGGAACACGUGCGUCGCAACCGGCAGAGUCGCACCUUUCUGGUGGAAAAUGUCGUAGGAGAGCUCUGGUCCGAACUCAGUGAAGGUGACAGAUACGUGGUUGUGGAUUGUGGAGGAGGGACGGUGGACCUGACGGUGCAUCAGAUCCGCAUGCCUGAAGGUCACCUGAAGGAGCUCUACAAGGCCUCAGGAGGUCCAUAUGGUUCAAUCGGCGUCGACUAUGAAUUUGAGAAGCUACUCUGCAAGAUCUUCGGUCAGGACUUUAUCGAUCAGUUUAAGAUAAAGAGGCCAGCUGCUUGGGUGGACCUGAUGAUAGCAUUCGAGUCUCGUAAGAGAGCUGCAGCCCCUGACCGCUCCAACCCUCUCAACAUCAACCUGCCCUUCUCCUUCAUCGACUACUACAAGAAAUACCGCGGCCACAGCGUGGAGCACGCACUGCGCAAGAGCAAUGUGGACUUUGUUAAGUGGUCAUCUCAGGGCAUGUUGAGGAUGAGCCCGGAUGCCAUGAACGCUCUGUUCAAACCCACCAUUGACCACAUCAUCCAGCACCUCAAGGAGCUGUUCGAGAGGCCUGAGGUGACAGACAUCAAGUUCCUGUUCUUAGUGGGUGGAUUUGCCGAGUCGCCGCUCCUGCAGAAGGCGGUGCAGGACAUGUUACAGGGGCGGAGCCGUGUCAUCAUCCCACACGACGUGGGUCUGACCAUCCUGAAGGGAGCCGUGCUGUUCGGAUUGGACCCGGGCGUGAUCAAGGUACGCCGCUCGCCACUCACCUAUGGCGUGGGUGUGCUGAACCGCUUCGUGGAGGGAAAGCACCCACCUGAGAAGCUGCUGGUACGCGAUGGCACCCGCUGGUGCACCGAUGUCUUCGACACGUUCAUAUCAGCUGACCAGUCGGUGGCGCUGGGUGAAACGGUGAAGCGCAGCUACACACCAGCCAAACCCUCGCAGCAGGUCAUCGUCAUCCACGUGUACUGCUCAGAGCGGGAGCGCGUAGGCUUCAUCUCAGACGCAGGCGUGCGAAAGUGUGGCACCCUGCGCCUCGACGUCAGCGGCACAGAGAGUCCGGCAGCGGGGGUACGCCGCGAGAUCCAGACGCUCAUGCAGUUCGGCGACACCGAGAUCCGAGCGAUGGCCAUUGACGUGGCCACCAAUCGCACGGUCAAGGCCAGCAUCGACUUCCUUGGCCAGUGAGAGAGAAAAAAGGGGAGAAAAUGAAGGAAGGGCGUCGUACUUAACAUUGCACCAAACCUUUAGCUGGAGAUCUGCUUUCCUACAGAGUUUAGUUCCAGGGCAGUGUGAAUAUAGCUGAUUCAGUCUAUCAUGCCGUCCUGAGGGUACUGAGAAAUCAGAGAUUAUUCUAUUAUAUUAAGGUUGGAAAGUGGAUCUCCAGGAAUGGGAUUGGCUGCUCGUGAGUUACAGCAAAUUUUAAGCAGCAGUGACUUAAAGGAAAACUCCAGCAUCUUUCAACCUCAUCCCCUAUCCAGUACAUCUGUAGUGUCUGUGUGAUGAACACAGCUUAGAAAUUCAGCUUGUGCUUGGAAAAAAAAAAAAAAAAGUUCCCAUCUCUGGUUAUGGAGAACGUCCUGUUUUGGGCAUUUUAGUGUCUUCGCUGAAGAAGGGCUGGUAAUGAGCUGACUAAUUGAAUCACAUUUGUUAGGGCAGGGAAGACACUAAGAUGUGCAGGACAAGAGGUUCUCCAGGACCAGUGCUCUACAGGAAACCCUGUUUACUCAAACACUAAUAGGAAUGCCUCAGGGCAGAUGUUAAGGGAGUCAGUAUGUAAUUAUAUGAAACAUAUUUCACUAAAACAACAGCGUCGCUCAGAAAAAAAUGUAUCAGCCUUCCUGUUGUUAUACGAAAACCACAAAACCUUCAUGCAUGAAGCUUUUGCUGUUGAAGCCAUUUCUCUCUGGAUGUGAAUCUGAAGCAUUUUUGCAACAUGCCUAGAAAUAUUUCAGAUACGUUUCCAUUUAAACACAGUAAACUGGUUGUAGACAUGCAUAUGAGGUUUAUUCAUAUUUAGUGCCCUGUUAUGAAAGUAACAUCUGCCCUGUUAUGAAGUCAACAUCUGCCCUGUUAUAAAUGUGUUGCUAGUGAACAGGAUUUCUAUUCUUCUUUCAUUGCAUAGAAAUGUCAAUUCAUUGUUAGAAAUAAUCACACAUGCAGAGGCGACUUAUUACUAGAGAUUCGGUUGAAAACAUGCAGGAGUUUUCCUUUAACAGCUGCUGUGUGAUCUGAAACUGGAGGAACUGCAGCAGGUAUCCACUGUAUCAACAGUGUAGGCUGUUUGCUGAUUUUACUGUGGGUUCACUUAUUGACCUCCUAUAAUCCCAUACCACUCUCUUUUUGUUAUUCUUAUAAAAACGACUAACAAUCUAGUCAAGGGUUAAAAACAAUGUGAGCUGCAUUACAUGUUCUCUCAACAAGUUGCACUCUCAUGUAAAUGCUUCUAGCUGGUUCAUGUCGCUCUCGCACUCUUUUUAUUUCUUUCACCUGAUCGGAUCGGUGCUAUUCAGACGCUCAGGUAAGCGUUUAAGUUUUAAUGACUGGGACUGCAGGUACACUAUGAUACGGAGCGAGAAAAGAAAAUUCAGUCUGAGCUUUUCAUGUGUUGUUUGGUCUUUAAGGAAAGGGGUAGGUAAGCGAG